CGCGAAAACCCCUCCCACUCCCCGCGUGCACGCUCCCGCUGACGUCAGGCGCGCUCACGGCCAAACCAAACAGGAAGUCAGUCACGUCACUAGCAAAGCGACGCGAAGAAGAAAAGACUUGUCUUGCCAACUCGGCCAACGCAAAACUUCAGUGUUCAGCUACGGUUCACAUAGAGAUCUGAAGAUGUCGUCAGGUGCUCUCUUUCCAAGCUUGGUGAGCGGCUCCCGGGGAAGCUCCAGCAAGUAUCUGGUGGAGUUUCGUGCUGGUAAAAUGACCCUGAAGGGGAACGUAGUGACACCAGACAAACGCAAGGGCUCGGUGUACGUCCAGCAGUCCGACGACUCCCUCAUUCACUUCUGCUGGAAGGACAGAACGACUGGGAAUGUUGAUGAUGACCUGAUCAUCUUCCCUGAUGACUGUGAAUUCAAAAGGGUGAGCCAGUGCACCACCGGACGUGUCUACGUGCUGAAGUUUAAAGCCGGAUCCAAGAGACUGUUCUUCUGGAUGCAGGAGCCAAAGACGGAGAAGGACGAGGAGUUCUGUCGCAAGGUGAAUGAAUACCUGAACAACCCCCCCAUUCCUGGAGCACCAGGCAGCGGAGGCGGCAGCAGCCAUGAACUCUCUGCGCUCGGAGGAGAGGGAGGCCUCCAAAAUCUGCUUGGAAAUAUGAGCCACAACCAGCUAAUGCAGCUGAUUGGACCAACCGGACUGGGCGGACUCGGAGGCCUGGGAGCUCUUGCAGGACCAGGACUUGCUAACCUGCUGGGUGGAGGAGGACCAGCUACAAGCAGCUCCUCGUCCAGUUCUCGUAGCCAAUCAGCAGCAGCCACUCCUUCAUCAGGCGCAGCCCCCAGACUGAGCACCUCUCAGGCCCCCACCACCCCAGUGACUCCCGCUGCCGCAGCUGCGUCACCGACUACUGUGGCUCCCACCACACCAGCCGCAGCUCAGACUCCCCUGACCCCAGCCUCUGUUGGGAGCCCUACCUCCCACCAGCCCAUCCAGCUCAGUGACCUUCAGAGCAUCCUCGCCACCAUGAACGUCCCAGCGGCGGCGGCGGCUGCUGCUCAGGGACCAGGAGUGGACCUUGCGAGUGUUUGCACCCCAGAGAUGAUGGCUCCCAUCCUGACUAAUGCUGAGGUGCAGCAGAGGCUGCUGCCCUUCCUACCCAGCGGUGAGAGUUUACUGCAGAGCACCGAGGAGAUCCAGAACACACUCAACUCCCCUCAGUUCCAGCAGUCGAUGAGCAUGUUCAGCAGCGCCCUGGCCUCCGGGCAGCUUGGCCCCCUCAUGAAUCAGUUUGGUCUGCCAGCAGAAGCUGUGGACGCCGCCAACAGAGGAGAUGUGGAGGCGUUUGCCAGAGCCAUGCAGGGCAGUAAAGGAGACUCCAAAGAGAAGAAAGAGGACGACGAGGACAUGAGUCUGGACUAGAGCGCAGCCUGUUGAGCCACCGCUGGGUCUCGGAACUCCUCUGAUUCCUUUACUCCUCCUGUAUUUCAGUUUUCUUUUAUCUCCCUCUCUUCAACGUUGUCUUAUACAUUUCUAUACCAAAGGCAACUCUGCUCCUCAGGAUGAACACCGCAGGAUUAGCAGAACUGUUAAUGGAUAAGUUAGGCCAGUUUUUUCCACCCUGACACCAUACAAACUGUUUGACCUAACUGUGAUUGUCAACAUCUGUUUUGUUCUGCUGAUCAGUAGUUUUACUCUGAAAGGAAAGAGGCAGUUUUAUAAGAUUGGGAAACUAUGUUGGGAUUAAGCCUUAAAUUUGAUCUUCAUUUUCUUUCUAUAUUUCUGAAGUCAUACCACAGUACAGACUGUCAGAGCCUUAGUGAGGGCCGAUGCAUUCGGGCUCUUCUUUGAUUAACUCAUAAUAAAAUAAACCAUAUUG